AUGUGGGUAAAUUCUGCAAUUAUUCUAAAUGUUAAAAGUCCAAGUAAAUUCCUACAAGUCAUUGGAAUAAAAUCCGAUAUUUGUACCCGCCAAUUUUGUGGUCGACUUCGAUCCUUUGCUCUCCAUGUUUUCAACCCGGCAGGAGAGAAAUUGGUGACCAUUCGGAGGGACUUUAAAUGUGGAGCUGUUUUAGCCUCCUGCCAUCUCUGUUGCUGUUGUUUCUGGCAUUGUGGACGAGCUGAUUGCGGAAAGGGCUGUCAAAAUUUCGUUUCCAAUUUUAUGCAGGAAAUCUUCCUCGAAGCGCCUGACGGUGAAAUUCUUGGCAAAGUUAAGCAAGAGUGA